AUGGCCAGCUACCCAGCUUCAAGCUCGGCAGCUUCUGGCUCCAGCGAAGACCCGUAUGCACCUUUUUACUAUUGGGACACAACUGCAAACAAUUGGGCGUUUGACUACAACUCUUACUACGCCACAUAUGGCUACUCUGCCGACUACUACACAGCUUCUAACGGAGACGGCGCAUCGUCUUCAACAGCUGCUGUAGGAGCAUACCCAACCUCCGCAGACGCAAGGAACCCUUACUACUACAGCCAACCCUCCUCUUCCGCUCCCACCUACGACUUUUCCGCACCCAUCAUCGACCCUUUUGCCUCCACCCCCACCACCUCUACCACUAAAGAAGAAACGCGAUACGACGAACACGGACGCAUCAUCCCCGGCAAGCUCCGCAAAGGCGAAACUCGUCCAACCGUCCUCCGUCGAGCAGCUGGCAAGAUUUGGGAGGAUCAAACCCUUCUCGAAUGGGAUCCUUCCCACAAACGCCUCUUUGUCGGUGACUUGGGUAAUGACGUUUCGGACGAAACCCUCACCGCUGCGUUUGACAAGUAUCCUUCGUUCUCGAAAGCAAGAGUGGUGAGGAAGAAAGAUGGCAAAGGGAAAGGCUAUGGGUUUGUUGCCUUUGCUGAUCCAGAAGACUUUUUGAGGGCGUGGAAGGAGAUGGAUGGGAAAUAUAUCGGCUCUAGGCCAUGUAGGUUGAAGAAAGCGGCUGAUGUGGUGAAUCCCGUGGAGAUUGGGGCGAGAAAGGAUAGAAUGUUGGCAAUUAGUGCGAAAGAGGAUAGGAAGAGUCAUAAGCAGAAAAUGGGCGGGGCGGUGGGCAAGGGGGUCAGGAGGAUUGGGAUGAAGUAG